GGCGGUAAUGCACCAAAUAGCGAGGUUGCCAGCCAAUUACUAGAAAGACGAAUAAGAAAAAGAAGACGAAGAACAACUUAAACCGGGAGAAUCCGAUUUGAACGACGCAGCAGAAAACACAACUUGAAGUGAGGACGUGCAACUGUUUUAUUACUUUAUACCAGACCAAAACUUUUACGGUCCAUUUGAUCUGUUCCACAGUCGGGUGCUGUUUUUUUUUUUUUAUGACGACAAAAAUGAGUGACAUGGAGACUAUCAACCACCACAUUAACGACAGGAUUUCGUCCAUCCAACGCGUGUUGGAUCUGUCAGUUGCAGAGGUGCCUGAAACUAAAAUGAAAAAACUUGGACAAGAACUUCUUGCGCUGGAGAGUCUUCUGGAAGAAAUUGAGAAACAUGUUGGCCGUCAGAAAGACGAACUAAAUUGCUUGAAGGAACUUGAACGGUUAUUCGAAAAAGACUUGGAGAGUCUCCAGCACCUUAAGGACAAUAUACCUGCCCAUAUCGCCAAGAACAAAUGUCCUGAAAUAGAAAAAGAGCCUUCCACCAACCAGGGCCAGGCAGCAAAUUUGGAACCUGUCAAGCUCGACGUUGUCAAAAACAACACCAAGCGUUACGUCAAAGAGAUGGACUUCAUCACUGUGGAUGAGUUUGAACGCAUACCCCAGUAUAUGAAAGGACGGGUGUCAUACGAGCAAAUCAAUGCAGCAGUGCAGAACAUUAAUACAGCUGUGGAAGCCAAGUAUACAAUCGUCCACCAACCUGUGAAAACUCUAAAAAACAACGCACGCAAGCUGCGCCAGCGCUUCAAGGAUCAGGAGACUAAAGAAACCAAAGGUACAGAGAAAUAUAAAGAAUGCGGUCAACAAUGUAAUUCUGUAUGUUAUGUAUAACGUGCUUAGUAGUAU